AUGCUCGACGCCAUGACGCUCUAUUAUUUCAUCUACACCCUAUUCGCGGCGCUGGGCCUCAAGUUCCGCAUCUUUUCGGCGUUCCUGCUGCUGGACAUCAUCGUCAAGGACCCGACGUCGCAGGACGUCAUCAACGCGAUCGUCUACCCGCGGCGCCAGCUCGGCGCGACGGCGCUGCUCGGGUUUUUCGUGGUCUACAUCUUCGCGAUGAUCGUCUUCCAGUCCUUCUCCGACGACUUCUCCUACACGGACGAGGGGCCGGAGGGGAGCUUCCCCGAGGACUGCCGGAGCCUGCUGCGGUGCUUCGCGGUGACGAUGAUGUACGGCCUGCGCCUGUCCGGCGGCAUCGGCGACAUCAUGAAGCACACGUGGUCCACGCGCCUCUGGAUCGACUUCCUCUACUUCUUGAUCGUGCUUAUUGUAUUGUUGAACGUGAUCUUCGGCAUCAUCAUCGACACGUUCGGCGAGCUGAGGAACCAGAAGGGCGAGCGGCUGCGCAAGACCGUGGAGAACUGCUUCAUCUGCGGCCUGGACGGCCUCACCUUCGACCGCGCGUCGCCGGAGCCCGGCGGCUUCCGGCGCCAC